AUGGCAUCCUUCAAUCCCUUUACGAACCUCCUUACCCAAAACAAGCUUGAGGAUUCGAACUAUAUGGACUGGAAAAGAAAUUUGGCUAUUGUGUUUACUGCUGAAGAGUACAAGUUUUUACUCACUGAGCUGUGUCCUGAGAAACCUGGUGAUGGUGCCUCUGAACAGGACACCAAUAAUCUCAAAGAGAUGUUUAGAGACCAAACUAGGGUUGCCAAGAAAAAUGCACUUAGGGAGCUUCUUACUUCAAAAAUGGAGGAAGGAACUCUUGUGAGGGACCAUGUCUUGAGGAUGAUGAGUCUUCUGAAUGACAUAGAGGUCCUUGGUGUUGAGGCUAACAAGGAAUCUCAAGUUGAGAUGGUUUUGCACACGCUGCUAGCCAGUUUUCAACAGUUUCGUCUGAACCAUAUAAUAUGA